AUGUCUUCCAUUUUCGAAUCUUGUGAUUUGGCUCCCCCGGAUCCUAUUCUCGGUACCGCCACCGCUUAUAAGGCUGAUCCCUCUCCCAACAAGGUCAAUCUUGGUAUUGGUGCUUACCGUGAUGAGAACGGCAACCCCAAGGUUCUCGAUGUUGUCCGUAAGGUCGAUCAGCAGUUGGCCGCUGACAUGAAGGUCGAUAAGGAGUACGCUCCUAUUGACGGUUUCCCGGCCCUCAAGCCUCUUAGUCAACGCCUUCUCUUCGGCGAGUCUAGUGAUAGAAUUGCCAGUAGCCAGGCUCUGUCCGGCACUGGUGCAUUGCGAAUUAUUGGCGACUUCUGUGCUAAACACUUGAACAAGCCUGCUAUCUAUAUCUCGGAUCCUACCUGGGGUAACCAUCUCAAGGUGUUCGGUGCUGCCGGAUCAGGUCUCGAGACUCGUAGGUAUCCUUACUGGGAUGCUGAAAAUCGUUGUCUCGACUUCAAGGGUUGCAUGGCUUGUCUGUCUGAGGCUCCUGCCGGAUCCCUGAUCCUUCUCCACGCUGUGGCUCACAACCCCACUGGUAUGGAUUUCACUCAUGAGGAGUGGCAGCAGGUUCAGAAGCUCCUUCAGGAGAGGCAUCUUAUUCCUCUUCUUGAUUGCGCUUAUCAGGGAUAUGCUUCUGGUGAUUUGGAUAGGGAUGCUUAUGCUCUCCGUCUCUUCUAUCAGUCUGGUAUGGAGUUCUUUGUUGCUCAGAGUUUCGCCAAGAACUUUGGUCUUUAUGGUGAACGUGCCGGUAUGUGCCACUUCGUGACCAAGAGUGCUGACUUGGCUGCCCGUGCUCUCAGUCAACUCAAGCUUGUUAUUCGUCCCAUGUAUUCCUCUCCCCCGAUCCAUGGUGGCUUAAUUGUUAAGACUAUCCUUGAGAACCCCGCCUAUGAGAAGGAGUGGAGAGAUGAGUUGACUGCUAUCAGUGGUAGGAUUGGUGAGAUGCGUAUCCUUCUGUCUGACGGUUUGACCGCCAAGGGUACUCCUGGUACUUGGGAGCAUAUCAAGAAGCAGAUUGGUAUGUUCUCCUUCACUGGUCUCACUGUUGCCCAGUCCGAGCGUAUGAUUAACAAGCAUCAUAUCUAUAUGCUUAAGAAUGGUCGUAUCUCUAUGGCUGGAUUGAACCAGCAUAAUAUCCAGUACGUUAUCGACGCUAUGGAUGAGUGUGUGCGUAAUGCAUAA